AUGCCACCUUCGGCCUUUCCAACCAAACUAUCCGAUCUCACCUUGAAUGACUCCAGCCUCAAUCCGUCGUUGUAUGCCAGUCUUAGAUCGAUUCGCAAGUCCACACUGUCGAUUACGAACCGUCUCCAUUCUGUCUUGCUUGACGCCCGGUUUGCCAAACAAGUAUCUGACCACUUCGAGCUGCCCCUUGUCGCCAACGAACGUUGCGGAAGUUGGUAUAUAGAGCCAGCCGACAAGGUUGGCAGUGCCUACUUCAAGAGCACAGACGGGCAUCACGGACAAUGGGACUUUUCGCUACGAAGACUUAAUCUCCAGCUCCUGCCCAUCCUAGGGAAGUACGGUGGUGCAGUGGUGGUGGACUCCACCCGUCGUGGUAAGAAUCUGCCCGACGCAUUCAGUAAGACGGUUCCCAUCUGGGUGGCCGUAAUCAACAGAGUACUUUUCCCCGAACUCCCCUCAACACAUGCUUUGCAGCAUCCCCCUCCACCAGAUGACCUAGGUCUGUCUGAGGUAUCGCAAAUCGAAGCUAGACUAGAAGGAUUUGCCCGGUCAUUUCUUCGGCUGGGAUUGGAUGUGGGCAAUUUCCGCAAUGAGUUGAAGCAUCCGAUUCGCCUUUCAUGGGCCAUAAAUGGUCGCUUCGACACCGAUGAUGUGUCCAUCGCCGACGAAGCCGAGCGUGAUGUCGACAAGUGGAACCACUUGGUUCUCUGCUCUGCGUCCCGUCGGGUUCACGGGGCAGAGGCAUCCGAAGGCGGAUAUAUUCAAGGAGCUGGCGACGACAGUGAAGGAUGGUCACACGGUCUCACUGCGCAGUUGUUUUGGAAACACCGGAAUGAGUUGAUGCAGACCCCUGAAGCCGACCUGCCUGAUUUCAUCGAACAAUUGAUUGAUCUGGAAGAGAACCAAUGUGCUCUGGAAAGCCAAUCCACGAAGGUUCUCCCAACAUCCAACAUUCACAUUGGAGCUGGGCCCGUCUCUGAGACCCAAGGAUUCGAUCUCAUAAUCAACUGUCAAGGCGAACUUCCUCCGUUACCAAAGAGACUCGAUUUGAAAUGCCGAUCUGGCAAAUUGGGGAGCAAGGACCUUCGAGACAAGCUUGGAAUGGUCAACGAGACCGUCCGAGCACUGCUUCUAGAGGAUGAAUCUAGCCAGAUCCUGGUCACUUGCUCGAGCGGGAAAGACCUCAGCGCUGGCGUUGUGGUGGCUCUGUUGUGUCUGCUCUAUGAUGAUCAAGGUCGUGUGCAAAUAAACAGCAAAGCCGCCAGCAUGGAUAAGGAUUUGGUCAAACGCCGACUGGCCUGGAUCACUUGUGCCAAAGCGGAUGUCAACCCUUCGAGGGCUACACUGCAGGCCGUCAAUUCGGUCCUGAUGCAGCGACCCGACUGA